AAUUCAAUAUACAAAAGUAAAUAACUGAUAAAAUAAAUAAAUAUUGUUGUUCUAAAUACGGUACCUAGGUAAUUAUAUUGUAGGAUUGUUUAUUAGGUAGCACGCAGUGUAAGCGUGUGUUCAGACGUCACACUCGUUCCGUGGUCGGCUUACUGGAAACCGGACUGAUCGAGAACAUUUUAUUAUCGUGCAAUGUUUAUCACGCUUUGGUAUUGAAAGUAAACAAAUUUCUUUGCAUUUUCGAUUAACUUUUAAUAUUAUUCACUCUAUCGCCAGCAAUCACGUACUCUUUACCAUAAAAUAUGUCAGAAGAAAAAUUUGAAUUACGAGUAAUAACUUACAUGUGUCCAACGCAUCCCGUGGAAUUAUAUGAAUUAAUUAUAAAGCUACUGGAAGAAGCCUUGGAUUGCCAUGCGAUAUUACAAUAUGAAAGUCGUAGCCCCGGUCCGAUUUCCGGACGUCCAGACCCUUUUGCAAGAGAUAAAAUUGAUCUCGCGUUUAUGACUGCAGCAGCGUACAUGAACUUAAAGGAAAGUAACAAUGAGUUUGCCGAGCUACUACUCGUUACACCGGUGUUCGCCCACCAGAUGAAUGUAGAGAAUAAGCCGGGCUACUUUUCGGACGUUAUCAUUCACUGUGAUAAAAAAGCCCACAACGUAAACACUUUGUUGGAUCUCAGAGGAUGCACUUUUGCAUGCAAUGACGAACAAUCUCUUAGUGGAAGCAAAAUUGUUCUUAAAACACUUAAAGAAAAAGGGGAAAAUGCUUCAUUCUUUGGAUCAGUUCUAAAAUCUGGAUCACAUUUGGCAUCGGCGCAAAUGGUGUUAUCUAAACAAGCUGACUGGGCAACAGUUGAUUCAACAACACUUCUUUAUUCAAAAAAGUUUAUGCAGGACGGUGGAAAAGACAUUAUUACAUUAGAAACGCUAGGACGAUUGCCGCCCUACCCCAUCGUGGUUAAUUCAAGACUCCCAGAUAACAUCAAGAAUAGAAUAACUAAGACUCUUCUUACUUUGCCAGACACACCAGAAUGGAAAAGGAAAUUUGCUAAGUUCGGUCUCAUAAAGUUCCAUAGUAACAAUAAUGGUGCUUAUGAUGGGCCGGCUGCACAGAUGUGGUCCAUCCAGACCGAAAAACUCAAUAUUAGAUAUUAUUAGACUUUUUUUAAUUAUAAGUUUAGUUUAUGUUUUAUACAUCCUGUAUGUUGAUUAUACACCAAAAAAAUAAAAAUAUUUUUAUACUAUUUACAAAAAAAAAACUCAAAUUAUUUUGAAAUCUCUAUAUAAUAGUAUUUGGAAUCUUUAAUUGCCUGAAUUUUCUAUUUUACAAUUUUGGAGAAUAAACCUAAAUGAUAGUGUCUCUUUGUUCUUUCCGCACUGAAUGAUGAUUUUGUGCGGUACUUGAAUGGCCAGAGAUGAUGGUUUUUUUAUACUCGGACUGUUGUUUUCCUGUAAAAUUAUAUUUUUAAGAAAUUUUUAAUAAAAAUAAUAAAAAUGUUCUUUAAACAAUGUCA